UCAGCUCAGGAGGAAGAUGAAAGAAAGUGUUGCUGAGGAGCAUUUGUAUUUGGGUUUUUCUCAUCAGGACAAAGAUAGUAUCUUUCCUCUUCAUACAUCUAUUUCACUGUUCUUGCUAUCCUACUGUGACUGCAAAUUAUUCAAAGUUUUCUUAGUGCCAACUGGUGAAAAUGUGGAUGAUCAGUUUAUGACAAAAAACCUCCUUGGUGAUCUUGAGGCCCAUGUAAUCUCCAGAUGUCAGCUUCCAGUGGUUGUUCAGAGCUGCUGUUUACCUGCUGUUGUUGUGAAAGAUGGCAAGUUCUGUCGAGCUGGGCUUUCUGUUGUCUUAAGGCAUAUAAUACAGAAGACAUAUGAGGCAGAUCCAUCUAGAAAGGAUGUUUUGGAACUCUUAGGCUUUAAGAAGACCUGCUUAAAAGCCUGUGCUGAAGUUAGCCAGUGGACCAGACUUUGUGAGAUCAGCAUACCUCGGGCUGUUGAAGGAUUUUUGACGGCGUCUCCUGAGGACUGUCAGGCUGUUCCUCCUCACAUUCUACAACUGGAAAGGAAGCUUGGAGAACCUGUCCGAGUACAUAAUGAUGACAAAAUUCGAAGGCAAAAACUUCAACAACAGAAAGCAGGUGCCAAGGCUGCAGUGCCUGUGCUUGGUAAAGAAGCAACAGAGGAAGGAAGAACAGUGGAGAUGCAUGAACACCCACUCCCAAGUUUGGAACUGAGCGUAGCUUUCUCCAAGCUACUUGUCCAGGAAGUCCCAGAUGCAGUCAACAGGGAAUCUCCUUGCAUCAGGAGAACAAAAACCUCUGAUCUUCCACUGCUGGACCACGUUUUUGCAGAAGGCCUUUAUUUUACCUUGACAGAUGUAGUGCUUUUGCCAUGCAUCCAUCAGUUCUUGGUGAUUGUUUCCAGCAAAAAAAAAGGCAAAAUUCUGGUAAAUUUGCCUCUGAUAUCCAGUUGGUAUCAAAGAGUUCAAGAAGUACCUGGUGUAAAGAAAGCUGCUGGCAAAUGCAACAUGGAGUUUCUUCAGCUUCCAGAGUUGAUGUCUGCUCCAGAGGAACAGCCCCAAGACCUCUCUUCAGUUCCUGAUGAACUAGAAGAGGAGAAUGAAGACAGUAAUUUUAUAGGUGGUCCAAGGCCAACUAUGACUAAGUUAAUGGAAAAUGGUAUUGAAGCAAAGUUUUCUCCUCAUCCAUGCCCCAGCUGGACCAUAGACUGGGCCAAUCUACCACCUGCCGUCAGUCCUGGAGAGGGAAAGAUGUCUAGAGACCGGGCUCUGAGGAAGCAGCAGCAAUUGAAUAAUUUGGUAGCAGCGGUGACAAAGCUUGCUAAGCCUGGAGAUGUGAUAGUGGAUUUCUGCAGUGGAGGGGGCCACGUUGGAAUUGUGCUUGCUCACAUGAUGCCAUUGUGUCAGGUGGUGCUCAUAGAAAAUAAGGAGUUGUCUCUGUUCCGUGCUAAAGACAGAAGUGAUGAACUAGGUUUAAACAACAUUUGGUUCAUUCAAGCAAAUUUGGACUAUUUUAAUGGGACUUUUAACAUUGGGGUGGCUCUGCAUGCAUGUGGUGUGGCAACAGACAUGGUAAUCGAACACUGCAUCAAGGCAGGAGCAGCCUUUGUCAUCUCCCCUUGUUGUUAUGGCUUCAUUCAAAACACAGUGAAGUUUAAAUAUCCACAAAGUCAUCAGUUCAAAGAAAUUUUGUCUUACAAGGAGCACAUGAUCCUUUGCAGAUUUGCGGAUCAGACUGCAGUUCAGCUUCCACCUGAACGCAGGCUAAUUGGAAAGCAGUGUAUGGGGCUUGUGGAUCUAGAUCGGGCACAGGCUGCAGAAGAACAUAAUUACUCUGUCCAAGUUAUAUCUAUGGAGCCAGAGAGUUGUUCUCCAAAGAACAAUAUGCUUGUGGGCAUCCCUACUUAG